CCCGUUGACAUUUGCGGACUUCCAAUGGAUGCCCCUUCCCCGAUCCGGUCGAUUGCCGAAACCGCAUUGCAACGUGCUCAUGGCACAAUUGCGGGAUUACUUGCACACUGCAGUACCAACUUCGUUGAUGGACGCCGGAGUAGAGGUUGUCGACCUUCACGCCUACAUUGUGAAGAUCGGCCGGGAGUUCAAGACACAACGGUACAACGACAUUGACGCACCAUUGUUAUAUGUACGCAUUCAGAUCCGAGAGGCGACCUGCAGCGCUUUGAUCGAUUGCGAAGCAUCUCGCAACUACAUGAGCCAAGACUUUAUGGUACGCGCCGGCCUUGGCCCACGCGACCGGAGGAAGUCCCAGCCGACGCAAGUCACGUUGGCGGACGGUCACACGCACAAGUCAAUAGACCGGUGCAUUGAUGACGUCCCCGUGUACUUUGCCCUGCACGCGAGCGAGGCGGUGUCCUUCGAUAUUUUGGAUACCAAAUUCGACAUGAUCUUGGGCAUAUCAUGGCUGCGAAGCGAGGAUUACCCGGUGAACUUCUACCACCGCACCGUUCACGUUCGUGAUUGGAAUGGAGUACUAGUCCCAUGCACGGUAGCUCCUCCUCACCCUUCAAUCAGCUAUCACGUGGUGUCCGCCGCAAGCAUGCGAGCUUCCAUCAUCAGAGACAACAUCGAGGAGAUGGGGGUGUGUUUUCUCCACGCCCUCCCGCCACAUGACGCUUCAUUGACGGACUCAUCUUCGGACCCACGCAUCACCGAGCUUCUCGACGCCUAUGGCGACGUGUUCGAAGGCCCGCACGGAGUAGUACCGGAUCGGCCCAUCCGCCACGAGAUCAUCCUCGAGGACGGGGCCGUACCUCCGCGCGGUUGGAUCUACCGAAUGAGCGAGGAAGAGUUAAGUGUGCUUCGGGCACAACUCGACGACCUUAUGGAGAAAGGUUGGAUUCGGCCUAGCUCAUCGCCAUAUGGUGCUCCUGUUCUCUUCGUCCGGAAGAAGAACAAGGAUUUACGGCUAUGCAUCGAUUAUCGCAAGCUCAACAUGCAAACGAUCAGAAACGCCGGCCCUCUUCCACACAUCGACGACCUUCUCGAACGGCUGGGCGACGCCAAGUUCUUCUCCAAGCUCGACCUCACGUCGGGAUAUCACCAACUCGAGAUUCGGCAGGAGGACCGCUACAAGACCGCGUUUAAGACGCGAUAUGGGCAUUUCAAAUGGUUAGUUAUGCCAUUUGGCCUUACGAAUGCCCCGGCCACUUUCCAAGCGGCUAUGACAACAGAGUUCCGACACAUGCUGGAUCGAUUCGUACUUAUCUACCUCGACGACAUCCUGGUGUACAGCCGGAGUUUGGACGAUCAUGUGAAACACCUGCGCACCGUUUUGGAGCGGCUACGACAAGCCAAGUACAAAGCCAACCGCGACAAAUGCGAAUUCGUGCAGCAGGAGCUGGGUUACUUGGGACAUUAUGUGACACCGCAAGGCAUCCGUCCGCUUGCGGACAAGAUCGAGGCCCUCCGUGUAUGGCCCGAGUCCACCAACACCACGGAUGUUCGUUCAUUCAUGGGAUUGGCGGGCUACUAUCAGCGAUUCAUCACCGGAUACUCAAGGAUUGCUGCACCUAUGACGAGAUUACAAUCGCCAAAGGUGCCAUUCGUAUUCGAUGACGACGCACGCCGGUCAUUCCAAGCACUUAAGACGGUCAUGGUCAUGGCACCCGCCCUUAGCAUCUAUGAUCCCACCCUGCCUACGAGAGUGACAACUGACGCUUCCGGCUAUGGCAUUGGGGCAGUCUUGGAACAACACGACGAUGACGACUGGCACCCUGUGGAGUAUUUCAGCCACAAAGUGCCUCCCAUCAACUCGCUUGAUGAUGCAAGGAAGGAGUUGCUCGUGUUGGUGAUGACUCUCAAGCGAUGGCGGCACUUCCUCCUUGGGCGUCGUAGGUUCACUUGGGUGAUGACUUACUACAAGACGCAGGGUACGGUGAGCAGCACGAUCGGACGAUGGAUGUACUUUAUCGACCAAUUUGACUUCACACCGAAACAUCUUCCCGGCCUCUCCAAUCGCGCAGCAGAUGCACUCUCACGAAAACCUGAUCUUUGUGCUAUGACACAUCAUGCCUUCGCAUUCGACGAGGAACUUCAGCGACACUUCAUCCGGGGCUACGAGUCUGAUCCAGACUUCGCCACGUUGUAUGCGCAACUAUCUUUGGAUCACCCGCCGGCCAGCCACUAUUGCAUUGCCGACGGGUACUUGCUCCUCCACUCGAGAGGCAAGGACUUAUUGUGUGUCCCACGAGACCGUCGUCUUCGGACUUGCCUUCUCGGCCUUAUCUUCGCCGACCUUCUCCUCCCACGACCAGCCGAUAUCGACGCCGCUUGCUCUCCCGCUUUCGUCCGGAAGUACAGGGAAUUGCUGGCUCAAGCUCGCGCGAACAUGCAAAAGGCUCAAGUCCGCAUGCAGCAGCAAGCCAACAAGCGUCGUGUGCCAUGUCCCAUCCGCGCCGGUGAUCUGGUUUGGGUCUCCGCGGAAGAGUUUGCACUAGAACAGGAUGUUUCACGCAAACUGCUUCCCAAGUGGUUUGGACCAUGGCCCGUAACAUCAGCCGCGGGCGAUGAGCCCAAUGGCCCUUCAUUUGUGAUCAACAUCCCGGCGCAUCUGACGGUCCAUCCAGUCUUUCACGCCUCGAAGCUGGCAACAUAUACACCAGCUAAGAGCGACGACUUCCCAUGCCGACGAUCGCAGGACCCUCCAUCUAUGGAUGGUCAUCAGGAGGUUGACCUCGUCAUCACGGAUCGCAAGUACGGGAACAAGCCUCGACAGUACAAAGUUACAUUCAGAGCAUGCGAUCCCGACGACACUCGGUGGAUUUCAGGAACAAAUUUGAAAGCAUCCGCACCGCUGAUCUACGCUCAUUACGAGCGACAAAGGUUAGCUCAGGGACCUUCAUGACCUGCCCCUCCCACCCGGACUGUGGUCCCUCCCUCAGACAGACAGCUUCGCCCUCGCAGGUAAGCUCGGUCUUUCAAGGAGGGGGGGUGUGGCAUACUGCGUAGCCACACGG